AUGUCCUCGGGCGCCAAGCGACUGGUGCAGUCGCUUAGGGGCCGUAGCGGGGGCAGAAGUGCCGGCGGCGGUCGUUCCGGCGCCGGUGCCGGGGAGGACUGCGGCGUCGGCGGCGGCGGUGCCAGCACCAGCGCGACGAGGCUCUACUACGACAGCGGGCACGAGCUCGACGAGAUCUCGGUGAUCGGGGCUGCCGUGAGGGGCAACGAGGGGCUGACGACGCCCACCACGCCGUGCCACUACAGGAAUAUCAAGUACGGCAGCGGACAGACGAUUUGCAGCAUCGCCGGAUUGCCCGCCCCCGCCGCGCCCACGCACAAAACACAGACCGGCGUCACAUCGUCCGGUGGUGGCGGUGUGAGGCAUCGUCUGAGCGGCGGCUCUAUAUCCGCCCUGAGCUGCGGGGGCGAGAAGUAUCGGGACGGCAGGAGCGGAAGGAGCGGAGCCGGGAGCGGCAGGGAGAAGGAGGAUGACACCAAGAGCGCGGAGAACGUGUCCAGGGGAGUUUUACCCUCGAGGCAGAGCCUCUUGGACCUCGUCAGCGGUAAAUUCAUGGGCCGACACACACCCACUCACCACUACUACCACCAGCAGCAGCAGCAGCGAUAUUUCAGCUCGUCACGCGACUCGCUUCAGGGGGCGUACGUGAAUCGGGGAGCAAGCGAGCUCGAUUUAAGCCGCAAGCCGAGGAGGAGGGACCACCUGAGGGGCAAAUUCAAGCUGCCGUACACAGUUGCGCUCACGCCCUCGCGUGACCAAUCGCACCUGCAUACACCGGCGUCGGUCAAUCAUCUCAGCAGCUGCAACAGCACUGAAACGAGGUAUACGGUGCAGGAGCAACAACAGCAACGCGGUAGUAGAGGCUACGCCGGGCACUCCGGAUCGAAGAGGACCAUCAUCUUCGAUCCUGCGGGACGUCUCUAUUACUAUUGGUCGAUGGUGGUUUCCAUUGCCUUUCUUUACAACUUCUGGGUGAUCAUCUAUAGGUUUGCCUUCCAGGAGAUCAACGGGGAGACGUGUAUGGUGUGGUUCUUACUGGACUAUUUCUCGGAUACUUUAUACGUACUCGACAUAUUAUUUCACGUGCGAAUGGGAUACUUGGAAGACGGCGUGCUGCAAACCGACACUACGAAAAUGAGAGAACAUUACAUGAACAGCACCAGGUUUUACGUAGAUGUCCUAUCCCUCCUGCCCCUCGACUUUUUAUAUAUAUCUAUAGGAUUUAACAGUAUGCUGCGAAGUUUUAGACUCGUAAAAAUUUACCGGUUCUGGGCGUUCAUGGACAGAACCGAGCGACACACGAAUUACCCGAAUUUGUUUCGCGCCAUCUCUUUGAUACAUAAUUUAUUGAUGAUCUUUCACUGGAACGGAUGCGUCUAUCAUAUUGUUUAUAAGAACAACGGCUUCGGCAGUAAGAACUGGGUGUUCAGUGACUCCGAAACGGCGGAUGUUGUCAAGCAAUACUUGCAGAGCUACUACUGGUGCACUCUCGCUCUAACGACCAUCGGUGAUCUGCCCAGACCAAGAACUAAAGGCGAAUACCUUUUUGUGAUCGGUCAGCUGUUCUUCGGUUUGCUGUUGUUCGCAGCGGUGCUGGGUCACGUCGCAAACAUCGUCACUUCCAUCAGCUCGGCGCGAAAGGAGUUUCAGGCGAAGCUGGACGGCGUGAAGACGUACAUGAGGAUGAGGAGGGUACCGAACCAUUUGCAGGUGAAAGUAAUCAAAUGGUUCGAUUACCUGUGGCUCACGCAGAAGUGCUCGGACGAAGAGAAAGCAGUGAGUUGUCUUCCAGAUAAGCUGAAGGCAGAGAUCGCGAUAAACGUACAUCUGGACACGCUGAGGAGGGUCGAAAUCUUUCAGAACACGGAGGCUGGUUUCCUGUGCGAGCUGGUGCUGCGAUUACGGCCCGUUCUUUUCUCACCUGGCGACUACAUCUGUCGCAAAGGUGAGGUGGGAAAGGAGAUGUACAUAGUGAAUAGGGGCCGACUGCAGGUGGUGGCUGACAACGGGAAGACAGUGCUCGCCACCCUUAAGGCGGGUUCCUACUUCGGGGAGAUCAGCAUUCUCAAUAUGGGGACCGCAGGUAACCGGCGAACAGCCAGCGUGCGCUCGGUUGGCUACUCGGACCUCUUCGUCCUCAGCAAGAAGGACAUGUGGGACGUGCUCAAGGAGUAUCCGGCCGCCAGAGUGCGUCUGGAAGCCAUCGCAGUCAAGAGGCUGGAGAAGUACAAGAGAGCUCCUCUGGAGAAAGCUGCCAUGCCCAGAUGCCAGAGCACGCCCGGUCUGGUGGAGUCGCGGGGUCGCGUGCCGUUGGAGGAGAUGUGGAUAUCGCCGAUCGAUCUCAAGGCCACACACGCGUACUCGACGGCCGCCUCGUUGUUCUCGCCGAGCCCGAGUCCGGUGACGGCGCGUCGUACUGUGCCAACCACGGGGAUCACUGGGGACGCGAGCGUACCUAGGGGCACGGAGAGUCCGACGAGCGCGGCCAGCAGCGGUCCCAGUAGCGAGGAGCAGACGGCCAGGGUGCCGCAUGCGGCCGCCACGCAACCCUCCACCAGAAGGCAGUCCACCGGUAACACGACCUACAACAGCACGACGCAGCUGAUGAGCGAGGGUGCGACGCCUCUGCACGAUGCUCUGCUGGCGGAAAUUCAGCGGCUACGCGAGCGGCUGAAAUGCCUGGAGAGCGAGAACGCGGCGAUGAGCGUCAAACUGAGCCAGCAGCAAUGGGAGGUCGAGCACCGACUGGCCGAAAUCGAGAUGCAGAUCUGCGGUGGCAGUUCGACCUCGAGCGUCGAGGACAACAAUGAGAGAAACCGAGAGAGAUACGGCGUUGACGAUCAGGAAGAGCCGGACGAAGCGAAGGUCUUCAGUGACACGAAGUCGAUUGGUAGCCUGAGCCAGCACUUCUUCGACAGCGACGGCGAGGACGAGCGUUACUACGGUACCUGUAACGGUUACGUCUCGCGGCCCGGCAGCAAGUCAAACCUGCUGCUGUGCAGCGAGUGCGAUCAGAAGACGCGCACCUGCACCUACCAACCGCAAACACCCAGCUCGUACCCCGGCAGAUACGUGGAGGAGCGUAUUGAAGAUCGGCUCCAAGAGCCGGGAACCUCUCGUGCCUAUAGAAGUCCGACGAAGCUGUCCUCACCGCGCUCCUACCGUUCGGAUCAGGAACGCGUGGCGCAGACGUCGCCGCGAUCGUACCGCGAUCCGGAGCAGCCGGUGUCGGUUACGUCACCUCGAUAUCACCCGACGCAGGAACAGCGCGGAAGAAUUGCCAGAGACGCUGAGGACGAUCGAGGUGACGUCGAGAGAGACCGCGACGAGAGUCCGAUCUGCGAGCUCUGCCGGGGUAACGGCUAUGUCGUUGUACACUGCGAGCACUGCGACUUCUCGAGCGACGGCGACCUGAUCUGCUUCCGCUGUCAGAGCGACGAAGGCUCGUCCAACGGUCAGACCUGUCCGCGCUGCGAGCGAGAGGCCGGCAUUGUCACGAAGGCCGCCGGUAAAUCCGGCACAGCGACGGUCGCGACGACGUCCUCUAGUGACGAAGGUAACCACAAGUACCCGGUGGAUGCCGUGGUGAAGAUUCAGGUGAACGACCGUUCGAUCGAUGUCGACUCCGACGAGACCGCCGAGAGCGAGAGCUCCGGCAACUAUCAUCCCCAGCGGGGCGCGAUAGAGAGGCUCGACACCAUCGUCGAGAUAAAGGGCGACACUGCCAGCGAGAACGACGAGGAGAACGGCGGCGGCACGAAGCUCAACGGUACCACUAGCGCCAGAUAUCUCAAUUACAUGAUCGUGCUGUUCCUGUAAAUAGACAACGUUAAGCGACGUUGAACGUCGAAAUUGAACAGCCAGUGGCAAACGUUCAUUUGCGAAUCGAUCGUGCAAACAUUAGAGGGCCGCGACGCGAGCCGCACUGUAAAUAAACUGCCACAGAAUAUAAUUGAUCCGUACGUUAUAGAACCGUAUAGGUUAAUUACUAGAUAGCUUUCGUAAUAGUUAAGAUGCAGAGUUAAAUGAGAGAGAGAGAGAGAGAGAAAGAGAGAGAGAGAGAGAGAGAGAGAGAGAGAGAGAGAGAGAGAAAGAGAGAAAGAGUGCAUGAUUGUGAUCGGCGCGCGCAGUGUAGCCAUGAGCUGAGAUCCGUGACGCAACGGUCGACACGUUUCGAUGCGCGACUCUUCUAGAGCGAGUUCGUGCAAAGAUUAUAAUUACUAUGUCGCACAGAUUAGUCAUUGAAACUUUCUUAACAAGGCCAUAUUGGCACUGUUAUAACCACGUUCUUGAAUAAAAAAAUUAAAAUUUAUACGCAAUGUGUGGCACAUCCAAGGUAGUUUUAUACAUGGACGCAAAUUGGCUAAAAGGAAUUAUAGAUAAUUCGUUAC